AUGGGUAGAGGGAGAGUUGAACUGAAGAGGAUAGAGAACAAGAUCAAUCGCCAGGUUACUUUCUCAAAAAGAAGAAAUGGUUUGCUCAAGAAAGCUUAUGAGCUCUCAGUUCUCUGUGAUGCUGAGGUUGCCCUCAUCAUUUUCUCAAGCCGUGGCAAGCUCUAUGAAUUUGGAAGUGCUGGUAUCAACAAAACUAUUGAACGAUACCAACGCUGCUCUUUUACUCCUCAAGAUGAACAUGUUGAAUGUGAAACUCAGAGCUGGUACCAGGAGGUAUCAAAGCUAAAGGCAAAGUAUGAGUCUCUACAAAGGACUCAGAGGCACUUGCUUGGGGAAGAUCUUGGACCAUUGAGCAUAAAGGAGCUGCAGAAUCUUGAGAAACAGCUUGAAGGUGCUUUAGCACAAGCUAGGCAGAGGAAGACACAAAUUAUGAUCGAACAAAUGGAAGAGCUGCGUAGGAGGGAGCGUCAUCUUGGAGAUAUGAAUAAGCAACUUAGGCUCAAGCUUGAGGCAGAAGGGUUCAAUUUAAAAGCUAUGGAAAGCUUGUGGAGUUCAACUUCAGCUGCUGCAAACAGCAACUUUACCUUUCAGCCUUCUCAAACCAAUAACCCUAUGGAUUGCCAACCUGAGCCUUUCUUGCAAAUAGGGUACCAUCACUAUGUUCAACCUGAAGCAUCUAAUAAUGUUGCCAAGAACAUGGUUUGUGAGACCAAUAACUUCAUGCAUGGAUGGGUGCUUUGA